ACCGCCCCAGACCCUCCCCGGUGGCGGCGGGGGCUCAGCCGCCCGCUCCCGGCUCCGGUGGCGGCCGGGGGAUGCGCGGGGGAGGGUCGGGCCGGGGGAGUACGGGCCCCGUUUUCCUCCCCGGUCCCCGUUUCCUUCGCAUCUCACUCCCCUCCGCCUCCUCUUCCACCUCUCCCUCCCUAAAAUCCCCCCCCCCCAAUCUUUUCCCCCACCUCCCGUGAUGCGCGCCCCGGCGCCGCGCCGCUCCCUCGCCCCUUCCCACCCCCUUCCCACCGGCACCGGCACCGGUUUUCCAUGGAAGGGCAGCGGCGGCGACCGGAGCGCUUGAAGUUUGCCCGGAGCGAGGGAUGAGCCAUGGAGGGACCGAGCCCGGCGGGAGCCCCGGGCCACCGGCCGAGCCCGCGGCCACCGGGAGGGCCCGCGAGAAGGCACCGAGCCGGCCGGAGCUGGACACGGCUCUGCGCGGUGGAACCGGAGGCGGCGGAGGCUUCAAGGACAUCCCGGGAACGUCGGCGGUCGGUCCCGGCUCCUCCAAGGAGCGCGUCCCGGAGCGGGGAAACCCGUCGGGAGCCGGCGAGGCGGAUUACUGCCGCCGCAUCCUGGUGCGAGAUGCCAAAGGGACGAUCCGGGAGAUCGUGCUUCCCAAGGGCCUGGACCUGGACCGGCCCAAGCGGACGCGGACGUCCUUCACGGCGGAGCAGCUCUACCGCCUGGAGCUGGAGUUCCAGCGCUGCCAGUACGUGGUGGGCCGGGAGAGGACGGAGCUAGCGCGGCAGCUCAACCUCUCCGAGACCCAGGUCAAGGUCUGGUUCCAGAACCGACGCACCAAGCAGAAGAAGGACCAGAGCAGGGACUCUGAGAAACGCUCCGCCGCCACCUCCGAGUCCUUCGCCACCUGCAACAUCCUCCGGCUGCUGGAGCAAGGCCGGCUCCUCUCCAUCCCGGCCCCCCCCAGCCUCCUCUCUCCCACCUCCAACCCCAUCGGCAGUCCUACAGGCAACGGAUCCAGCUUGGCCACCCCAGGAACCACCUCCCCGGGGCUCGGCGGUGGGAGCAGCCCCCCGGGGCCUGGAGCCUUCAGCUUGCAGGUCCCUUCUCUCGCCUCCUCCUCCUCCUCCUCUUCCUCACCCAGGCUGCCGGCCACCCCGCUGUGCUUUGGGGGGCCGCUCCUGGGCAGCCUACACGACCUCCCGGGCGCUUACGGACUGGGCACUUCUGCUUUUGAGCCUUACACGCGGCUGGAAAGGAAAGACAAUUCUAUACCCAGCAAGAAGCCAAGCCCUUAAAUCAAAACCAGUGUCAAAAGGUCUCCCCCCUGUCCCCAUCCCCGCGGCCCCCGCACACCCCGUGCCCCGCACCGGGGUUCGAUUUGGCAAGUGGGAUGUGGAAGACCGUUUAGCGCCCGCCGUGGGGGUGCGGGGGUGUGUGCGCGAGUGCAUGCACACGCGUGUGAGUGUGCACGGCCGGCCCCCGCCCCAGGCACACCGACACGGCCGUGGGUGACACCCUGCAGCUCCUUGCCCCAGGACUGACGCUGGUCACGCCUCGGGGGGGGGUCCCUGGCUGUCCCGUGUCACCGGCGCUGUGUUGUCCCUCGCAGAUGCCACUGGAUCUGCCAGGGUCACGUUCCCCCCCCCGCUCCACGUAUCGCCCCUGCACGGUCUGGAAGACGAUGCUGUGGUCUGUGCUGGAUGGGCUGGGAGAGGAGCAGCUCUGGGGGGGGAUGCUGGGGGGUUGACGAUGCCCCAUGGUCUUUCGGUGCCUCUUAUGGCUGGGAGCACAGAGCCCCAGUCCCUCAGGACUGUCACCCUAGGGCCCGUGGUGCUGGGGUCACCGCCAAAGCCCCGGGGAGUGGGAGGGCACCCCAAAAGGGAAAGCGCAGGGCAGCACUGGGCUCUGUCCCUGCCUGGCCAUGGUGUCCUUGGGCCUCGGUUUCCCCACCUGCAAAUGGCUUCGUGUUUGGGCUGAGGUUGUCUCAGAGCAUCCCGGUGGCUGUGGGGUCCAGGUCCCCUCUGCUGGCAGGGAACACUGCUCCCAUGGGAUGCUUGUCCUCCCGGACCCCCAGCCCGGGGCCAGGGGAGCUGGGGAGGUCUGAGGGGGACCGAUGGUGCCGGUGAUGUCUCCAGCCCCCUGCACCAGCGGUCCCUGUGCUCAGGAGCAAGGAGCCACCCUGACUCAUGAGCCACCCCCAGGCUCCCCUGUGCUUGCUCGUGCAGAGCCAAACCACUGUCCCAGACCCUGUUUUGGUGCUGUCCCACCCUGGCAAACCCCUGGGGAUGCUGCAGGAGCCUCUGAUCUCCCUUGGGGGGGCUGUGGUGAGCUGGGUCCAAGCCACCAUCCUGUCCCCCACCAAGGCAACCCCACCGAGGGGGACGUGGACGCAUGGGCAGCUGUGACGCUGGGAUCUGCCCCUCUGGGUCAGCCUGGGCCACGGAGGCUCUUUGCCAUCAGUGGGACCCCCAGCCCUGUCCUGGGUGCUCAGCGCAGGCGCUGCAGUGAGCCCCAUCCUGAGCACUGCUGUAACAGCACCCCACGCCCCUCGCUCCCAUCGCCUGGCUCCCAUCGCCGGGCUGGACCUCCCGUCGCCUGGCCCGGAGAGGUGCUGAGCACCCAUUGCCUGCGAAGGCACGGCCAUGUCCUGACCCUCGGGCAGCCUCAGCUGCUCUUCCCACCUCAGCACCCUGAUCCCAGAGGGUGACGAAGGCAUCCCGCGGGGCAGGAUUCGGCCUCAGGUGUGCAGUGCCGGGGCCGUUCGCAGGCAGGGCACGGCUUGGGAAUGAGCUCCACAGGGUUGACGGUGGGCUUGGAGCCGUGCUGGUGGCAAAAACGAGAGGGGCAUUGCACGAGGGGGCCCUUGGGGAAGGGGGCAGCAUGUCCCCCGUGGUAUCUGCUGAGGGAGGGCUACGCUGGGCAGAGUCUGGCCCUUCUGUGGUGUGAGCAUCGCCUUGGCAGGGCUCCCUGUGGUGGCAUCGCCUUGGCAGGAUGCUCUGGUGGCACAGCCCUGGCAGGACACCCUGCAGGGACAUCGCUGUGGCAGGAGGGGAUGAUGCCCCGCGCCCCUCCUAGAGCCCAGGAGCUGCCAUGGGCCUCGUCCCCCCUUCACACCCCCAAGCCGAGGGGGUCCUGCAUCCCUCCGCUGCUGUUUAAUGUGUAAUAACAGUAAUUACCACUGAGCAACCCCCCAGCCUGGCCCGGGCUGAGCAUCGCUGCGUGGGCUGCAGCCCCCCUGCCCAGGCCCUGUAGGGACCAGUCCCUAAGGGGACACAGCCGCCAGCCUGUGUGUUCCCAGGAUUUUGCAGGGAAAUAUUUAAAAUAAAUGAUUUUAUGAAAAGGUCUCGAUGAUUUUUAUUUUUCCUUUAAAUCAAGCAUUUCUAUGAAAUAGUAUUUAUUGUUCACCUCACAUCUGGAGCACUUUAUGGGAGCGAGCCCUUUGGUCUCGUGCUGCUCUGCGGAGCUCGGAAGGGGUCGGCACCCCCUGGCCGCAGGUGGGGAAACCGAGGCAGGGUUUGCCUGGGGAUGCAGAAAGCAGGGACAGAGUUUGGUUCUCGGUGACGCGCUGACGAGCUCCCCUCCCCCGGCCCGGCUCAGACCACAGCUCGCUGCCAGCACCUCCGUACCUCUCCCUAAGUGCAGUAUUUGCCAGAUCCUCCCGGUGCCCUGGGGUGCCCAAACCCCGACACCCCGAUGACGUGUUUGACUGAGGUUUUGGAUUUUCGACAGGACAACGACCUCCCUUCCGCUCGUCACUUAAUUUAUAUUUAUAUCACUGUUCUUCAUCCUCUCCCGGUCUGCAAACGUGGUAUUUAGAGGCAGUGAGCUGAGGCGGGCAGAGCGGGCAGUGGGGCAGCCGUGCCCACCCAGCCGUGCCGGUAUGGAGGGAUCCUGCCCACAGGCAGGACCGCCUGCAAACCUCUCCCGGGGCUUGUUUUGCUUUGGUUUUUCCCUUUCCCCCACCGGGAGCAGCUGAAUUUGCCAAGGUUAUGGGACCCCGAUUCCCCCCACCCUCAUUGGGAGGCACCUUGGUCUGAUGGAGAAGCGACCCCCUUGCACCUGCGCAGGCGGAGGAGGUUCUGGGGCAUUUCAGAGAACUCAAGGUCCACUUGUGUUUUCAAAAGAGCCCCCAAAGCCUGGGCGCAGCCAGAGGGAGAGGUGGCAAGCGAGGCCGGGAGGCCACGGGCUGCCCUGCGCUGAAAUGGCAAGCAGAACACUGCAAAUUUAAACCCAAAUGCUGCUUUCACAAGGGUCCCAAACCUGAUCCAAAGCCGCUGUUUCUCCAAAAUUUCUUCUCCCAAAGCAAAGAUCCCCAGCGAAGCUGUCCCGGGGGGAUUUGGGAAGGUCCCGCGGGGAAGCUGGCUCGCUCCCAGCCCGCCCCACUCUGCUCGCUGCCAGCGGCUCUUCCUGCCUUGUACAGUUGGGAAGGGGAAAAAAAACUGGUUUUUUUUUUUUAAAAAAAAAGAGUACUGGAUGUAAAACUUUAACGAAUAAUGUGUUUUUUUAUGGUUUCUCAAAGUUAAUAAAAGUUAUGCCCUGC